UUUCCAGGUUGGCACAAAUCUGAAACCGUUUGCACACAGGAGCCCGUGGGGGUAACUAACUUUAACUUGGUUUCGUCGUGUAUUUCAUAAAAGUCUUUUAGGGUAAUCGUGAGAGGUUUUGUCUGUGUGUUUAUCGCAUGCCAACUGCAACGUAUCAUUUGGAUCCCGUCCAAACGCCACCCAGCCUAUCUCGGAGGUGGGGUGGUGGUGCGCCCAUACCACCCCGGACCACCUCAUAUAGGAUAUAAAACUCUCCACGGUUUGGGCAGAGCGCAUUAGUCAACUUCAACAAAUCAAUCAACAGGCAAGAUGAGUCUCUCUGCUAAGGACAAGGAUAUAGUCAAGGGCUUCUGGGCCAAAAUGUCUGGAAAGGCGGAGGACAUCGGCACUGACGCUCUGUCCAGGAUGCUGGCGGUGUACCCGCAGACCAAGACUUACUUCUCCCACUGGAAGGACCUGAGCCCCAGCUCUGCUCCGGUGAAGAAGCACGGAAAGACCGUGAUGAGCGGAGUUGCUGAUGCUGUCUCCAAAAUCGACGACCUGUCCGGUGGCCUCUUGACCCUCAGUGAGCUGCAUGCCUUCACCCUGAGAGUGGACCCUGCCAACUUCAAGAUUCUCGCCCACAACUUGAUUGUGGUCAUGGCCAUCAUGUUCCCCGCCGACUUCACCCCUGAGGUCCACGUGGCCAUGGACAAGUUCCUGGGUGCCCUGGCUCGUGCCCUGUCUGAGAAAUACCGAUAAACUGCAACAGGAGCGGAUGACGGACAGCAGCAUGGGCUUCGAUACUCUGUCUUAUACGAAUAAUAAAUCAAAUGCAAAUCAAACUGU